AUGACCCGUACCAAUUAUCUCCUGCUGCCGAUGCCUCAGUCGCUUCUGGCAUUUUAUGAGUAUGGUCUCUUCGCCGGACCGCAUCUUUCCACAUACCUCCCCCUCACCAGACGUCUUGCCUCAUCCGCCUCGAUUGAGAUGUGGAAUUGUAGUCAACUGCGCCGUUGCUAUAUUCACUCUUCCACCCCGGACGUCCCACCAGACUGGGCCGUCUUCGCGAUGCUGGCUGUAGUCAAGCCCAUUGAAGUCUGGUUCCACUAG